GGCAGUUGUCAAAAUAUUUUGAUUUUUCAAAUUCCCAAGAAACUUAAAUCAAAAAAUUGUUGCAAACAAAAUCAUAAAUUAACAUUAACUGUAGAAUUAAAAAUAAAUAAUCAAGAUGUUCCGUCAAUUAAGGAUGAACUGGGAUAUUACGGCCUGGAUAUUUAUGCCCUGGAGGCGGGCUGCAUCGAAUAUUCAAGAUCCCCAGCUGCCGCUGACCAGCACCUUGAACGAUGUGAUUGUGGACUACGAGGAUCCUGAUUACCUGCCCCUGCCUGAGUACCCGGCACGUCCCAAUGAGCCGUUGAAUAUACGCAAGCAAAGGCUUGUGUAUCAGUCCCGCAAGCGAGGAAUGCUGGAGAAUGACCUGCUGCUCAGCACCUUUGCAGCCAAGCAUCUGAAGGAAUUUAGUGCUGAGCAGACGGCACUGUACGAUCAGUUGAUCAAUGGGGUCACCAACGACUGGGACAUCUAUUACUGGGCCACCGAUGUGAAACCCACGCCCAAGGAGUACGACACGGAGAUCAUGAAGCUAUUGAAGGAGCACGUCAAGAAUGACGAACGGAUCUCUCGUCUGCGACAGCCAGAUCUUAAUACUUGAAGCGAUAUAUAUCUGUAUAGAAAUCCUUAAAUAACCUUUUGUUGUGAUUCUGAAAAUUAUCAGGAUUUCCUAGUCAUAUUCUGCACUAAAUUUAACCAGAAAAUACACCUAAAAAGAUA